AUUCCAACUCCACUUCUCUCCGGUCGGUAUGCUUGGCCCUCCCUCCACGUCGUGGAUAAAAAGACAGCAAGAUAAAUUAACAAUAAAAAUAGAAUUGUUGUACGGAACGGUGUGUAUGCAUUCCAAGCACACUGGAACGAAUCUGCACCUUACAAUUUCUGGUUCUGUGAGCCUCUUUAGUGAACGCCAAACUAAAGAAAAGCAGAAAACAGAGAACCAGAUAAAUGCAAAGACUUCUUGCAGAGAGAAAACCGCGGGCUUCGAAAAUAGAUCUGGCGGCAAGAUUGAACUACGUAGGCCGCCAUUAGCGCGCUCAGAUUUAUUGGAUCUGAAAUUCUUGACUAAAGAUUUUUCUUUUUCUUUUUCUUUGUUCGGACUGUAAACUUGUUUUGGAGGGGAAAUGGUAGUUCAUUUUAAGUUCAGAAGUGCGGUGGAAUUUGACAGCGUUGAAUUGGAAGGGCCCUCCAUAUCUAUACGCGAUCUUAAGCAAAAGAUCGCGUAUCACAAGAAGUUAAAUACUUGCAAAGAUUUUGAUCUUCUCAUAACCAAUGCGGAAACCGGCCAAGAGUAUAUUGAUGAUAGCAUCUUGGUACCACAGAAUACAAGUGUAAUUAUAAAGCGAGUUCCGGCAGCACGACCAAAGUCAGCUGUUGUUGUGCCUGAUAUUGAAUCACUGGUUAAAGUCUCUUCAAUAAAAAUUACAGAGAAAGAUGAUACGCAGCAGUCUCUGUCAUUGUCUAUUGCAGACGACAAUGGCUUUGGGGAUUUUGGAAUAGAUUUAUAUGCUGAUUCUGAGAAUCAUGAAAAAUACAUGGAUGGUAGUGACAACAUUGCUGGACUGAUCAACAAUGCAGAUAUGGAUACAAAGAGGCAGGAUCAAGGACCAUAUUCUGGGAGUCAAAUGCUUGUAAAAGACAAUUUUGGGAAAUCCAUUUUGAGUGGACAUUGUAUCAGCCGUUGUGUAAGAAAUGGUGAUUCAGCCAAUGGCAUCAAGAAGUCAGAAUUAUCAGUCCAUAUAAAUUCAGAAGAUCGGGACAUAUCAUACAAUACAUCAGAUCAACUAGUUACACCAUUAAAAUCUAACCAGAUGAUCUUUGCAAAAAAAGCAGAUGCCAUCCUCCCUACCUUGCCAAAUUCUGAGCUUCCAUCUGAACUGAAAUGUUCAUUAUGCCAAGCAAUAUUUAAGGAGGCUGUAAUGAUACCAUGUUGUCAGUUCAGCUUCUGCCAUGACUGUAUAAUGCGGGUAUUAAUUGAGAAUGGUAGAUGCCCUCAAUGUAAUUCCUCAAAAUUCAAGAUUGAUGAACUACUUCCUAAUAUUGCUCUUCGUCAAGCAAUUGAACAUUUUCUUGAAUCCCAAUUAACAAUGAGUAGUGGAGAGGAUUUUGCAGCCAAACAUGCACCAGAUGGUGAAUCUGCUAUUCAAGCAAAAGCAGUCUCACAAGCCCUAUCAAAUACCAGAGGUAAGUUGCAAAGAUCAGAAUCACCAUCUGCGACUGUUGGACCUGCGGAAAAAGAAUCAUAUCAAAUUAUUCCUGAAUCUGCAGGUAUGUCUGAAGGAAAGAAGUCAAUUGUUGAUAAUGGAGAGAGUGGCAAGGUCUCCAAGGUUCUUCUGUCUAUGUCUCUAAAGGAAGAGGGUAUAACUAUGGAGUCCCAGACUAGCAAAGGCAAGAAGAGGAAGAAACCUUUACACUCAUCUGCUACAGAUGGAACUACAAAUUUCAUGGCUUCUGGGAGAGCAAAAAAGGGGGGUCGUCGUUGUUUUGUCUGUGGUUCUCUUGAUCAUUUGGCAAGAGAUUGUCCAGAUAAUGCUGCACCAUUUUCUCAGCCUGCUAUGUUUCAUGGAGGUGGGCCUAUGUAUCCUGGAAGCAUACCUGCAUAUGCUACAGAUGCGUAUUGGCAUGGGGCAUCAGUGCCACAUAUGAGACAUUUUGCUAAUAUGUAUGGUCCAACUCCUCCAUCCAUGCCAUUUGAGGCUCCAAUGAUGCCAGUUGCGCCAUAUGCCAUUCCCCCAUACAUGCCAUCAAUGUAUGCAGGUGUCCCUAUUCAUUGUGGGUUCAUGAGAAUGGAAAGCAUUGGACCUGCUCUUGUCACUCCAUCUGAAAGGCCUUUAAGCCGAGAGGAAUUUAUGGAGCUUCAGGAACAUGAGAGAUGGCGUAGGCUUACACAAGAACAGCAGGAUAGGGAACAAAUUCAGGAAAAGGCCAAUUCAGUGGAAGGUGACUCCAGAGAGCAUUGCUUAGAAACUCGGAGAAGUUGGUAUGAUCAGCAGCAGGAUUCUGAGGAUGACCAUCACCUUCCAUACAACAAGCAUGAUAUUGAUCGAGAUUCUGUUGGGAACUAUUCAAGUGAAAGUAAUUUUCAGAAAAGCAGAAGUGGGAGGCCCGCACAGUAUUCUCAGACAAAAUAUCUUGACAGCAGUGCUUUUCAUAAGCUGGAUUCUGUUUCAGAUAGAAGUGAUUAUGAGAAGAGUGGAAGAAGGAGGCAUGCGCAAAAAUUAUCUUGGGAAAAAUAUAUUGAAAGCAAUGCUUAUGAAGGAACAAAUUCAGUUUCAGAUGGAAGUGAUUGUCAGAAGAGCAGAAGUGGGAGGCUUACAAGAAAGCACUCUCAAGAAAAAUACAAUGGAUGCCGGAGGCAAGAUUCUAUGUUUGAGGAUGAGGAUGAUUUAUCAUUGAAUGACAGAAAGGGCAAGAAUUUGCACUCUGAAAGGUGGCAUGGAUGUUUGAAGUCACAGAAGUACUAUUCUAAAAAUCAUAGGCCAUAUGUUGAAAAUAGCAUGGAUGGAUCUACCUCUGAGCUAGAGGAAUAUGGCCUAGAGCCUGCCAAAGCUUGUAACAAUUAUAGAGAAUCAGGAUAUUUAAAGCCUGCUAAGCACAGUUCUACAAAGAAAAGUGAAAGAAAUGUAAUGCUUAGGGAAUCUGGAAGCCCCAGCAGCAGUCAUCUUUAUCGUCACGGGAGCAGGAAACAUUCAUUUGAUGACCUAAAACAUGCAACCUAUCAUAAAAAGGAUGCCAAGAAAUAUGCAAGUCCAGAAUAUGCUGAAGAGGAUGAGCGGGCCUCACUGUAUGAGUAUCAUUAUCUGAAGGAAGAAAACCUAGAGAGAAGCCUCGAAGAUGGAAGGUCAAAAAAUAGUCAUCCUAAGAAACGAAGUCAUCUGACAAGUGAAUAUGAUCAUUGCUUUUCUGGUGACACAUCCAAAAGAAGGAAGAAACACAAGAAUAACCAAAGAAACAGCCUAGACAGAACUAGAGAUACCGAGAGCCAUGUUAUAGAUAGUUCUGACAUACAUCACUCUAGGUAUGCUAAACAUGAAUCCAAGAGUCAUUCUCACCCAACAGGGUCUGUAUUGGACCCUAUAGAGGGUAGUAGAUGGCAAAUGGAUACUGGUUUUGAUAGUGAGAAAGAAACAGAAGAUGUGUACCAUAUGUAUCAUCCAAGGGAUAAGAAAGAACAUUCACACAAAAAGAAGGUAAAGUGAUCUUGCAAGGACUUUGUUUUUAUUCUUUGUUAUGGGUUAUUUGCUGGUGCACGUUGUAAUUAAUAUUUGUUCUGAAUGUGAAAUUACUGUAGCUAUAACAAAUCAGGUUCAAUAAACUUUUGUAUGCUACUUGGCUAUCACUUAUAAGAAAUUUAAUUUCUAUUGCAAA